AUUAUUUUGAAAGCACUAACUAAACAAGAUUCUGCUCUUACAAUAUUCAGUUUUCAAUAAUAAAUUUCCAACACUCACUGUCAUGUUUCACGUACUGGUUUCCUUUCUUCUUGUUACAACUUAUUAUGUAGCUCAAGCUCAAGCUUCAGCUUCAGCUUCCCAUGGAGAAGAGAUUGCUAAAGUUGGAGUCAUGAUUGAUGUUCAUUCUCGUAUUGGGAAAGAGCAAAAAGCUGCCAUGGAAGUUGCAGCUCAAAGCUUUAAUAACAAUUCAAAGAACAAGAAUCUCUCCCUUUAUUUUGAAGAAUCAACAAGAGAACCCCUCAGAACAGCUUCUUAUGCUGAGAAAUUGAUUGAAGAAAAGAAUGUAGAUGUGAUUAUUGGGAUGGAGAGCUGGGAAGAAGCUGUUAUAGUAGGAAAAGUAGGAAAGCAAAGUCAAGUUCCAGUUAUUUCAUUAGUAGCACCAAGCAUAAUACCCCCAUUAAUGCAGCUUCGAUGGCCUUUUUUGAUAUCAAUGGCUAAUGAUGCUUCUGCUGAGAUUAAGUGCAUUGCAGAUCUUGUUUGUGCCUGUCACUGGAGAAGGGUUGUUGUGGUUUAUGAAGAUGAUGAACAUGGAAGUUCUUUGGGAACCUUAGCUCUUCUACAUGAGGCUCUCAGAAAUGUUGGAUCUGAGAUUGAAUACCGUUUAGUUCUUCCACCAUAUUCAUCUCUUUCUGAUCCAAAAAGGGCUGUCUCAGAUGAGCUGUCGAAGCUUUCUAGUGUACAAUCUCGGGCUUUCAUCGUUCUUCGAUCUUCUUUGCCUAUGUUGACUCAUUUAUCUAGAGAAGCUAAGGAAGCAGGACUUUUAGAGACAGACUCUGCUUGGAUUAUGACUGAGAGUGUUACUAAUUUGCUGGACUAUGCUGACCACUCUGUCAUUUCCUCUAUGAAAGGAGCUUUAGGAAUCAAGACUUACUAUUCAAAUGAUACUAGUUCUUACAAAGAUUUUCAUGUCCAAUUCCAGAGGACUUUCCUGGAAGAAAACCCAGGUGAAGCCACCUCAAACCCGGGAGUUUAUGCUUUGCGAGCAUAUGACAGCAUUCUAGCCAUUACACAAGCCUUGGAGAGAAUAGCAGCAAGCAAUGCCAAUGAAGAAAAGUUAAUAGAGAACAUAUUAUCUGCCAAUUUUGAAGGCUUAAGUGGUAAUGUAAGUUUCAAAGAUGGCAAGUUGUUGCCUAAUCAAACAUUGAGGAUUGUAAAUGUUGUUGAUAGUGGAGGCAAGGAACAAGCCUUGGAAAAUGGAGUGUAUAAAGAACAAGAUAUUUGGACAGAAAAACAUGGGUUCUCUAAAUGCCUUGUCCAAGACUUAAAUUGUUCGGUUGUCUGGCCUGGAAAUUUAGUUGAUAGGAAACCAAAGGGCUGGGCAAUGCCUACUAUUCACAAAAAACUGAAGAUUGCAGUUCCUGCUGUUACCCAAUUUAACAAGUUUGUGACUGUUGAUCCAUCUAUGAAGCACUUAAAUGAGGGCUAUGAUGGUUUUUGUAUACAAAUUUUCAGAAAGGCGCUGCAAUAUUUGAAUUAUGAACCGCCGCCAUAUCAAUUUAUAGCCUUCACAGGUUCAUAUGAUGAACUAAUUGAUGCUGUCUAUAACAAGACUUAUGAUGCCAUUGUGGGCGACAUGACCAUUCUAGUCGAGCGAGCAAGAAAAGUUGAAUUCACUCAGCCAUUUGCUGAAUCAGGUCUUCAACUGAUAGUUCCAAUCAAUUCCAAAGAGACAGCAUGGAUGUUCACCAAGCCUUUCACCAGGAACAUGUGGGUGAUGACCCUCAUCAUCUUGGUUUACACUAUGCUUGUAAUUUGGUUCUUGGAGCAUCCAACAAAUCCAGAGUUUAGUGGCACUGUGAAAAACCAGAUUGGCACUGCCUUUUGGUUCACAUGUUCAUCUCUCUUCUUUGCUCAAAAGGAAAGAGUUCAUAGCAACAUCACUAGAGUAGCUGUCUUCAUGUGGUUAUUUGUGGUAUUCAUCUUAACCGCAAGCUACACUGCUAGCCUUUCAUCUACACUUACAGUGAAACAACUCAAACAAGAUAUAGAUAUUGACUUGCUAAGGAAAACCAACAAGACAGUUGGUUGUUAUGGUAAUUCAUUUGUAAGGAAAUACCUGGAAGAUGUGCUCCACUUCAAGCCAGAAUUUAUCUACGAUGUUAAAGAGGAAGAUGAUUACUUAAAGAGGUUCAAAGAACAUAAUAUAACAGCUGGUUUUCUUGAAGUCCCAUAUGAGAAAGUUUUUAUCAACAAUCACUGCAAUCAAUACACCUCCAGUUCAUGCGCCAACAGAUUUGGAGGAUUAGGCUUUGUAUUUCAGAAGGGGUCUCCAAUAACCAGGGAUAUCUCAGAAGCCAUUCUAAAGCUAUUACAACAAGGAAACAUAACAGACCUGGAGAAGAAAUACUUGACUCCUUCGGGUAAAUGUUCAUCAACAAGCAUAGAAGCAGAAAGGUUAAGCCUCAAGAGCUUCUGGGGUAUCUACCUUAUAUCUGGUUCCACUUCCACCAUCUGUUUUUUCAUCUCCUUGAUCCGCCUACUGAGGAACUAUCGAGAAUAUCAAGAAAAUAGCGACGAUCAGAGUAUAGAAACCAAAGCUAUUCUUAAUUUGGCAAGAUACUUUUAUGAUAGCCGAGCCAAUAACAGCCAAGAGAGAGUUUCUACUGCUAAUACUAUUGUCUCUAGUGAUGACAUUCCUAAUUUGAAUGAAGGGAGUUCUUCUGGCUCAGAGUUGAUCAUACCUGAUUCUGAUACUCCACAACAUCUUGAAAUCACAACUGUUUAACUAUGUUUUUGGAAGAUGUUUGACACAUAUAUAGCCUUUGUACCAUAUUUAGCUUGCACCAUUAUAUGAGUACUAAUUUCCAAUUGGUUAAAUGUUGUAAAGACUAUACAAUCUGAAGAAGUUGUACACCAGUUAGACAGUUAAAGUUCAUUAGGAGUGUUAUUGUUAGUUAGUUAGUUAGUUGUCCUAACUGUAUUAACUACUCUCAACUGCAUUCUGUUUUGUUUUUUAGUGAACUGUAUCUUUAAUCAGCUCUAACUUCUUUUGUAUCAGUUGCUCUAUAAAUAACAAGCCUAGGAGUAUGAUCUCAUUAUUAAAAGGUCAUACUUUUGAUAAAA